GAUGUUGAUUUAAGACACACCCCAUGCCUCGUUGGCUGUGUAGUGACAACUUGAAAGCAAGUGUGUGAGUUUGUUUGUUGCUUACUCUGCAUUCCCACACACACACACGCGCGCGCGCGCCAUCUGCACGCUAUGUUUUGACGCUGUAUCGCUGCACACCCUUCAGCUGUUUGAGAUUUGAAGACAGGCGACAUUUUGUGACACUGAGGCGAAUCUGGAGGACUGGAAUCCCGCAGCACGCAGUUGUUCUGUGUCGUUCCAGGGGUCAUGGCCUUCUUGGGGAGUGCAAUGAGGAGUGCGAUGGCAUGUCGCCAUCCUUUAGGUACGCUUUACCGUCCAGCGGCUCACUGCUACAGUGUACAGAGUGAACACACCACAGAGAAAAGCGUCCCCUACGCCAAGACCCUUAAACAGGAGGACGGCCUGAGUGGACCCACCAAAGCCCUGCCCCGGUCCGUGGACGCCGUAGUGAUCGGAGGAGGCAGUCUGGGAUGUCAGACUCUCUAUCACCUGUGUAAGCUGGGAAUGACCAACGUGGUGUUGCUGGAGAGGGACAGACUGACCGCGGGGACGACGUGGCACACCGCAGGUUUGUUGUGGCAGUUGAGACCGAGUGAUACGGAGGUGGAGCUUUUAGCCCACACGAGGAACGUUAUCAGCUCAGAGCUGGAGGAGGAGACGGGCCUGGAGACGGGAUGGAUCCAGAAUGGAGGCCUGUUUAUCGCCUCCAACAAGCAGAGACUGGACGAGUACAAACGCCUCAUGUCUUUGGGGAAGGUGUAUGGAAUCGAGUCCUACGUGCUCUCACCUGCGGAAACCAAAGAGCUUUAUCCGCUGAUGAACGUCAGGGAUUUGUACGGGACUCUGUAUGUCCCCAAAGACGGCACUAUGGACCCUGCUGGUACCUGCACCACCCUGUCCAGAGCAGCCACUGCCCGCGGAGCCACGGUGAUAGAGAACUGUCCCGUGAUGGGCAUCCAGGUGAAGACGGACCACAUGGGUGUGAGGAGGGUGAAGGCGGUGGAAACAGAGUUUGGGACCAUUGAGACCCCGUGUGUGGUGAACUGUGCAGGUGUGUGGGCCACUCACCUGGGGCAGAUGGCCGGAGUGGACGUUCCUCUCAUCGCUAUGCAUCAUGCUUACGUGGUGACAGAGAGGAUUGAGGGGAUUCAGAACAUGCCUAACGUGCGGGAUCACGACGCCUCGGUCUACCUCCGCCUGCAGGGCGACGCCCUGUCUGUGGGAGGCUACGAGCAGAACCCUAUCUUCUGGGACGAGGUGUCUGAUAAAUUCGCCUUCAGCCUGUUUGACCUGGACUGGGACGUCUUCAUGCAGCACAUCGAGGGAGCAGUUAACCGUGUUCCAGCUCUGGAGCGGACUGGGAUUAAAUCCACCGUCUGUGGACCAGAAUCGUUCACUGCAGAUCACAAGCCACUGAUGGGUGAAGCUCCUGAAGUCAGAGGAUUCUUCCUGGGAUGUGGCUUCAACAGUGCAGGUAUGAUGUUGGGAGGAGGCUGUGGGAAGGAACUGGCUCACUGGAUCAUACACGGCAGGCCUGAGAAGGACAUGUACGGCUACGACAUCAGGAGGUUCCACCAUUCCCUAACCAACAACAACCGCUGGAUCCGGGAGCGCAGUCACGAGUCCUACGCUAAGAACUACUCUGUGGUGUUUCCGUAUGACGAGCCUCUGGCUAGCCGCAACAUGAGGAAGGACCCGUUUCAUCAGGUGCUGCUGGAGCAGGGCUGUGUGUUCCAGGAGAGACACGGCUGGGAGAGACCGGGUUGGUUCUGUAAAGAUGGACCCGCACCGGUUCUGGAUUAUGAUUAUUACGGUGCGUAUGACAUUCCGUACAACAAAGAUUACAAAUACAACGAGCUUCUGGGCAAAGAGUACACCUUUGACUUUCCUCCACAUCAUGACACGAUCAGAGAUGAGUGUUUAUCCUGUAGAAACGCUGUAGCCGUGUUUAACAUGUCCUACUUCGGCAAGUUUUACCUCACUGGCCCUGAUGCCAAGAAAGCAGCUGAUUGGCUGUUCACUGCUGAUGUCAACAAAGUGCCAGGCUCCACUGUGUACACCUGCAUGCUAAAUAAGAAGGGCGGGACAGAGGCGGAUCUCACUGUCAGUCGUCUGGAACCUGGCCCCACCCACCUCCCACUGUCUCCUGAAUUUAAUGAUGACGCGUAUUACCUGGCUGUUGGAGGCGGAGUCGCGCAGCAUAACUGGAGUCACAUCCUGACCGUUCUGCAGGAUCGUGGCUUUAACUGCACACUGACCGAUCUCUCAGAGGACAUGGGCAUGAUCAGCAUCCAGGGACCCAAGAGUCGGGAUCUGCUGCAGGAGGUUAUAGAUGCGGAUCUGAGUAACGAAGCCUUUCCUUUCUCCACGCACAAAAUAGUGACGGCUGCUGGACACAAGGUACGAGCCAUGCGUCUGUCCUUCGUGGGAGAGCUCGGCUGGGAGCUGCACAUCCCUAAAGACUCCUGCCUGUCAGUGUAUCAGGCCGUCAUGGCCACCGGCGCUAAACACGGCGUCCAGAACGCGGGCUACAGAGCCAUCGACUCGCUCAGCAUCGAAAAAGGUUACAGACACUGGCAUGCUGACCUGCGCCCUGAUGACACGCCCCUGGAGGCGGGGCUUGCGUUCACCUGUAAGCUGAAGUCAUCUAUUCCCUUCCUGGGACGUCAGGCUCUGGACACGCAGAAGGCUGAAGGUCUGCGCAGGAGAAUCGUCUGCUUCACCAUCGACGAGAAAGUGCCUAUGUUUGGAUUGGAGGCUAUUUUCCGCAACGGCGUUCCGGUUGGACAUUUGCGUCGCGCCGAGUUCGGUUACGCCAUCAACAAAACCAUCGGCUACGGAUACGUCCGAGAUCCAGAUGGAGGAGUGGUGAGCCCAGAUUUCAUCCGCAGUGGUGAGUUCACUCUGGAGAGAAUGGGCGUGGUCUACAAAGCCAAAGCUCACCUGAAGUCACCGUUUGAUCCGAACAACAAGAGAGUGAAGGGAAUCUACAGCUCCGAGUCCUGAAUCUGUCUCACUCUUGUCCUCAAUCUGUCUCACUCUAAUCAUGAAUCUGUCUCAUUCUCGUCCUGAAUCUCUCACACUCUCGUCCUGAAUCUGUCUCACACUCAACCUGUAUCUGUCUCUCACUCUUAUCCUGAAUCUGUCUCUUGCUUGACCUGAAUCUGUCUCGCUCUUGUCCUGAGCCUGUCUUGUUCUCUUCCAAAACCUGUCUCACUUUCGUCCUGAAUCUGUCUCACUCUAGUCCUGAACCUGUCUCGCUCUCAUCCCAAACCUGUCUCACUUUCUUCCAAAAUCUGUCUCUCUCUCUCAUCCUCACUGCAGAGCUGAAAAUAAACCAGAGGUUCAGGGACAACGAUAAAGCUGCUGCUGCUAUUUUACACACACACACACACACACACACACACACACGAGUUUUCCAGCAGAAAUAAACUCAACACACACCUGAUACAGAAACUGGGUCUUUAGAGGUUUUACUUGUCUUAAAGAGUUUAGAAGAAAGCAUGUGUAUGAAUUAAUAAUAUAAAUGUUUCUAAGUUAACUUUAAUAUUAAAACUUAACUAAACGUAUUUGUAACAAAUUUAAAAGAAAGAGUUUGAGCCAAAAAUGACACUAAAAUGAAAAGGAGCAUCAGCUCACGGGUUCUUCAGUCUGUCCUGUUUCUUCUGAGUGAUUAGCCGUGAACUUGUUUAGCUAAAUCAUACGCACGUACGGCCUCCAGUGUAGCGUCAUGAUUUAUACUGCUGGCUAUAACAUGUGACAGUGUACAUUUUGUGAAACAUCUUCAACACUAAAGUCUUGAUUUAAAUUGUUCUGAUCUGAUAAAUCAUUUAUCUGUAACGAGUUUCUGAGCAAUAAAGUGAAAAGGUCAUGUG